CCAUGGAAUCCCGGUCUUCUCUGGGAUCUGAAGGUCACGGGUUCGAGUCUUCCGCCAGGCAUCUUUUUGACAUCGCCAUGUCGGCGGAUCAAGUCGCGAAGCGGUUAGAUGGUGUGCCCGUGUACACUGUGACUAACACGGCUAGCGAGUUCGUGCUUAUAUCGGACAUGGGGGGGAAUAAGUCGCUCGGGCUGUUCUGCUUCAGGCGAGAAGACGCCGAAGCGCUGCUGGCUCAGGUAAAAGAUCGCGAGCCCUCCCUGGGGCGUGGGGCGAAAGUGGUCCCGGUGUCACUAGACAAGGUUGUACCAACUGUCAGCAGAGGGCAUCGCAUUCCGCUUCCUGCAGACCCUGUUCAAGUCAAGCACGCCAUUCAGGUUUUGUCAGCAUCUGGAGAUACUGCACGAGCGUUUGAUGGGGUUCCAGUCUUUCAGUCAGAGAAUCUCAUUCUUCGCAGCAAGAACAGGCGCUUCUGCCCCGGUCUUCUUCAAUAAGGAGGAUUUGGAUGCGGCCCUGAAGAAGGCGAUCAAGCAGAAGCAGGCAGUCAACCCCAACAUGCGAGUCACCAACAACAUUCAGGUCGGCAGCUUUGAAGAUGUGCUCAAAAUGCUGGAGCGAAACGAUGAGGACUCGCUGUGGGGUGACCUGCUCUUUAUCCCGCCGGGCAUGGAUGUGGAUGGGUUACUAGGCAAGGCUGUGGCAGCAGCAGCACCACACCGUCCUGUUCUCUGCUAGCCUGGUUACACACUCAGAUGAAAAUCAUCCACCCACGUUACACAUAAAGAGUUGUUCAAGGGCCCUUGCUGUUGGUGCCUGGCAGCCUGGGGUUUCCAGCUUAGAAAGAGCAUAGAGAUACGUGAUAGGCAGAGACAAAGAUUGCUACCAGUUCAACCUUGUCCUUCGAAUCAUCAGCAGCGGUUCACUUUCACUGGUUCAUGCUCAGCAACACUCUUUCUGGGACUCUGUCUGCGGCCAUUCAGUGUUGAGACGACCCAAUGUUCCGUACUUCUGCAUACUGCGAAUCACCCACAACCUUGUUUUGGAUGAUUUGCAACUUCUUUCACUGGUUCAUGCUCAGCAGCGUCCUUUCUGGGCUCCUGUGGCCAUUCAAGGUCA